UUCGCCCGCCCGCUGGGCGUGGCUUCUCGCGGCCACUAGGAACCCGCAGCCCUCUGGCUCGCUUCAGUCUGGCCUUGCACCCGCGCGGGAGGUGCCGCUGCCGUGAGGAGUGCAGUGCAGGUGUCUUCAUCCUCUGAGGGCGGCGGGCCGGCGGCGGGAGGAGCGAGGCAGCGAGCUGGGACCCCAGCGCCCCCCGGGCGGCCGGCGGAGGGCGGCCAUGGUCCAGCACUGAAGUGCCCUGCAUUGAAGGAGCAGCCUUGGUCCUAAUGUCAGUUGAUGAAUGCUGGCUGUGUUUGCCAGCUUCUCACCUUAGACCUUUUGUACAGACUGUGUGGGUGUCGCACACUUGCCCCAACUGUUGCUGGCUUCCAGGUCUUCUCCCUUCAGUCCCUGAGCCACCCUGUGUGCCCGGCGUGCUGCUGAGGGACACUCACAGGGCUGUGCCUCCUCCUUCACACUCCUCCACGGCACUCCCCUCCACAUCCCAGACACCCUGUUCUGCUGACCCUGGUCUCUGCCUUCCAUCCUCUACACCUGUUUGUAGGCAGGAGAAAAAUACACAGUCUGGGCUGGAAGACCAACUUCAAAAGCUUCCAACAAUGAAUGGCUCUGAAGAUCCCCCUGGGUCCUAUGACUUCGACCUUAUCAUCAUUGGAGGAGGCUCAGGAGGAUUGGCAGCAGCAAAGGAGGCAGCAAAAUAUGGCAAGAAGGUGCUGGUCUUAGAUUUUGUCACUCCAACUCCCCUUGGAACUCGAUGGGGUCUUGGAGGAACAUGUGUGAAUGUGGGUUGCAUACCUAAAAAACUGAUGCACCAAGCGGCCUUGUUAGGACAGGCCCUGAAAGACUCCCAAAACUAUGGAUGGAAAGUCGAGGACACAGUUAAACAUGACUGGGAGAAAAUGACAGAAUCUGUACAGAAUCACAUCGGCUCCCUGAACUGGGGCUACCGAGUAGCUCUUCGGGAGAAAAAAGUUGUUUAUGAGAAUGCUUAUGGGAAAUUUAUUGGUCCUCAUAGGAUUAAGGCAACAAAUAAUAAAGGCAAAGAAAAAAUUUAUUCAGCAGAACGAUUUCUCAUUGCCACUGGUGAACGGCCAAGGUACCUGGGCAUCCCUGGAGACAAAGAGUACUGCAUUAGCAGUGACGAUCUUUUCUCCUUGCCUUACUGCCCGGGGAAGACCCUUGUAGUUGGAGCAUCCUAUGUUGCUUUGGAAUGUGCAGGAUUCCUUGCUGGUAUUGGUUUAGAUGUCACUGUAAUGGUACGGUCCAUUCUCCUUAGAGGAUUUGACCAGGAUAUGGCAAACAAAAUUGGUGAACACAUGGAAGAACAUGGUAUCAAGUUUGUAAGGCAGUUUGUACCAAUUAAAGUUGAGCAAAUUGAAGCAGGGACACCAGGCCGACUUAAGGUGACAGCUCAGUCCACCAGCAGUGAGGAAAUCAUCGAAGGAGAGUUUAAUACGGUGUUGCUGGCAGUAGGAAGAGAUUCUUGUACAAGAACUAUUGGCCUAGAAACCGUGGGCGUGAAGAUAAAUGAAAAGACUGGAAAAAUACCUGUGACGGAUGAAGAACAGACCAAUGUGCCUUACAUUUACGCUAUUGGUGACAUUCUGGAAGGAAAACUGGAGCUGACUCCUGUUGCUAUCCAGGCAGGAAGACUGCUGGCUCAGAGGCUGUAUGCCGGGUCUACUGUCAAGUGUGACUAUGAAAAUGUCCCAACAACUGUGUUUACCCCUUUGGAGUAUGGUUGUUGUGGCCUUUCUGAAGAGAAAGCUGUGGCAAAAUUUGGGGAAGAAAAUAUUGAAGUUUACCAUAGUUUUUUUUGGCCAUUGGAAUGGACAGUUCCAUCAAGAGAUAACAACAAAUGUUAUGCAAAAGUCAUCUGUAAUCUUAAAGACAAUGAACGUGUUGUGGGCUUUCAUGUACUGGGUCCAAAUGCUGGAGAAGUGACACAGGGCUUUGCAGCUGCACUCAAGUGUGGAUUGACUAAACAGCAGCUGGACAGUACAAUUGGAAUCCAUCCAGUCUGUGCAGAGAUAUUCACAACGUUGUCGGUGACCAAGCGCUCUGGGGGAGACAUCCUCCAGUCUGGCUGCUGAGGUUAAGCCCCCAGUGUGGAUGCUAUUGCCAGACUACAAACCACUGACUUGGUUCCUUGCCCACAUCCAGGUGAAGUUCAGGGAGACUCUUGGGCUCUCGGCACUUUUUCAAGGUGCUGUGCUUAAGGCCCCUGGGAUCUCGUGGGUAGCAGGUGGCAAGUAGAAGGCAGGCAGCAUCACGCUGGGGUCACCAUAAUGGACUCAGACUGACACUCGGCAGUGCAUCGGAGCAUGCGUCCAUGAAGUCACCAGCCUCAAGCCCAAGUGGUGGGCAGUGAUGGAAUAGCUGUCGUAUCAGUUUAGCUUGACCCUCCUUUGUAGGUUUUCUUACUCUUGUUCCCAAGUUGUCUAAUGUCAGUUCUAUUUUUUCUUUUUUCUCCAUGGGGUUAAUGAUACUAGGGAUGAAAAAUGUUAGCAAAUCAGUUUUUGUCCAGAAGCAAGUCAUGGCUGGACUAUCUAGAUAGUCUUAUUGUAUGGAAGGGGCACAAGGUGGCUUAUGAGAGCUGCAUAGGUUUGUCCUAUGAAAGCAAAACUACCCUAUGACUAAAAUACACUGUUUGUUUUACUGACCUAUGUAACAUCAUCUCUUUUAAUAAGUCCUAUGUUUAAAACAAGUAAAACUAUGAUCCAGUCUUACCAAGUUCCCCCUGUGGUACAUCCCCAAAGGCCUGCUUAGGAAGGGAAUGGCUACUUGGCCUGCCUACUUGAAGAAACAUUCCAUUGCAUGGCACUUGGAAUAGUGUAGCAUAGUCCCACACCAUCCACCAUAGAGGCCAAUGAACACCCAGGUGGGGAAAAUCCGACUCUUAUUUGAUUUAAUUUAUUGUCUGGUCUAAGUGAGCUGAGAUCAUUUGAAUGGAAAAUGCUGAAUUUGCUUAAAACUUCUUGUUUUUUGUUAGGUCCAUUUUGCUCUAAGCUGAAAUCGUAUUUCAGCUUUGUGUUUAUUUUAUUCAUCUGUCUUUUCUAGAGAACCACAUUCAUAGGAAAGUAACUCUUUCCACAUGUAGCACAGAAGUCUUUUGUGUUAAUUGCUCUUUUAAGGAAGCUGUUCAUAUCGUAAGUUAUUAUUAAACACAGGUGGAUGUGAAGGAUUUUCAUUGGAAAACCUAAUUUUUUUCUCCUUUUUCUGUUGAAUGAACCUGGUAGAAGCAUUCGUGUUGUUAACAGUCUACCUGGUAUUUUUUACAGCAUGGUAUUAGCACCUCAGUUUUGCAUUUCUGUGUAAACAUGCUGGCUGACGUUUAUGUGCAGGCCAUCUUUCCUACUUUCCACGCUGGGUUUUGAGUGAGUGCUCUGCAAGUCAGGCUCCUGCCAGGGUUCUAUAGCUCCUUUUUGUUCCCUCUGCUCUGCUGGAAUCUCCACCCACAGUACUAGGUGGCGUUUUACAGUAUAUUUCUGAGCCACUCAGGGAGCCAUGUAUCUGCCUGGCUCCUAGUCAGCAGAGGACCUACCCUGCCCACAACGUUCCACCUCAUGUCCUCGUCCCUUCAGCGUAUGUGAAGAAAAUGGGACAAGGAGAAAGGAACGGGAGCUGAAGGAGUUGACUACGUUCAGUUUUAUUUAUUUAUGUUUCGAUUUUUUUUUUCUCCCAAGUCUGCCAGUCUCUGAGAUUAGAACAACAGGCAAUGUGAGAAAAUUGUGCCUAAUCAUGUUGUGAUUCUCUUAGUGGAAUGGAAUGUUCUGCCCCCACAAGAAGGAUACUUCAUACUUGUUUAGAUUCUGUAAUUGCACAAUGUACUGUAACACAAAUUUCAAUUACAUGUAUUUUUUGUUACAAAGUUUCUGGGGGAAAAAAUGUGAACCAUUAAAAGGUGUUCAAAGUUGU